AGUUGACCAAUCUUACCAGAUGGGGGCGGGAGUUUUAAAUUCCCGGUCGUUGAGCCGCUGUUUUUAGUUGUUCGAGUUGAGCAACGACCGGUUUGUUGAACAUGUUUUCGCUAAAUUAGCAGAGAAGACAUAUUUAUGUGUCUGUUUAUUUUUGAGUCUUAUUUUGAUCGACGUUUUAAAUGUAGGUUUUAAUUGUACAGCUCGUGGCUGCCUAACGCACUUCUACCAAUAACGGUGCACUGAUUUCCUAUAGGUUAUCAAACAGUGGUCCGCAAUGGAGGUUGGGACAGUUGUGAAGGAUGAUAUGAAAUUUCGAGGAUCUGAAUUUGCUGUCAAGGUGGAGCUGGCGGAGCGGUUGCUGAUUGUAGAGAUUUCAGAUGUUGUUACGGCAGACCAGUGGAGAGGAGAGUUUGAUCCUGCUUAUAUUGAAGACUUGACCCGGAAAACUGGGAAUUUUAAACAGUUUCCCGUGUUCUGCAGCAUGCUGGAGUCUGCAGUGAACAAGUCUAGUGAAUCAGUGACCCUAGACCUAUUGACUUAUUCAGACCUAGAGCUUCUCCGAAACCGGAAGGCAGGUGUUGUCGGCCGACCUCGUGCUCAGCCACAGUCCCCUGCUCUCAGUGCAAAGCGAUACCUCAUCCUCAUCUACACUGUGGAGUUCGACAGGAUACACUAUCCUCUUCCACUUCCAUUUCUUGGAAAACCUGAUCCAGCGGAGCUGCAGAAGGAGAUCAGAGCUCUGAGAGCGGAGCUCAAAGCAUUCGGAUUGAAAGGGGAACACAAAGUAUCGGACCAAGAAACACGGAGGCUACGCGCUGAACUGGCUUUGGUGAGAGAUGAAAAGGAGGCCUUGGCCAAGGCUCUGGACCGUCUACAGAUGGUAGGGGUCGGUUCUACUCCCGGGGCUCGUGUGCUCCGAGAGGCCGUGCGCAACUUGGAGGAACAGCUGCUGAAGGAGAGGGCAAAAAAUCAACGCUCGGCAAGCAAGAGGAACCAGGAACAGCGCAUCCUGCUGGAACAGUUGGAGGAACUCAAAGCAUCAGAACGUGCUCUUCGGAUACGUGUUAAAAGUCUAACCUCUGAGUUGGCUUUGUUACGGCGUGGGCGGGCGACUCCAGUCAUGUCUAAUCGAAGUGGGCUCAGAAGCGAUGGGGAGGUUCAUCGUUCUUUGUCAAGAGAGCGCAGUUUAACCUGUGUAAGGGCACGUUCGGGCUCAAGAGAGAGGAUGGAGGACAGGGCCAAGAGGUCAGAGGAGAGAGUAAGGAGAGCAGAUUCUUCAGGGUCUCGAAACUGCAUCUCAAGACCCUCACCAUCUCCCACAGGGUCACGUGCACCUCGGUUUGACCCUACAUCAUACAUCCAUGACAGACAACGGCGCCAAAAAGAAGCAGAGCUGAAAAACAUUGCAUUCUCUGUGAGCAGAAAUACUGUUUACUAUGAAAGUCAGAGGAAGAUUAGAAGGGACAUGUUGACUUCACCAUCUCUGAUGGAAAGGGGACGUUCACGGUCCAGAGAGCCCGUUCCUCAGCUGAUGAGAGAAAGAAGUGCUGGCAGGGGAAGGAGCGUGUCUGUGGAGAGCAGGAGGAGUCGAUGCUCUUCUGAAGGAUCCGUAGCCGAGUUUGAAGAGCUUGCUAAACCUCUAAAUAGCAGAGGAAGAAAACUGGGGUUUAAUGGGCCAGCUGUGACCAGAGGAAGACACUUAAACAAAAAACCAAUGUGUAGCACUCCUGCACAAAGAAUGAGAGCAGCAGACACAUCUAUUGACACAGGUGCUGAUCUGUCAGAGAUUGAUGCUCGACUUCAGGCCCUACAGGACUAUAUGCGGGACCUUGACACAGGGCACUAACUUUUCCCAGUGGAUCAAGAUGUCCAUCUAGGAAUUUUGCACAAGCUAUCACUGUGACUGAGUAACAUGGACAAUCAUUACAACACAAUUCAAACACUGUGUACAGAUGUAUUUGUAACAUGAAGCCAUCAAAGCACAGAGACUUUAAACUCUAAUGCCAAUUGCUUUAUUAAUCUAUAAUGUAUGUUUUGGGCCAGAUUAACAACAUGCAAUUGAGAAGGGAGUGCUUUCGACUGUUGCCAUAUCAGACUUGAACCAGAAGUGUCCAAAAGCAUGACCUCAGGAUUAUUGUUUUUGUUUGUUUGUUUGUUUUAUAUACAUUCCUGUGUAUAUUUUAUGAAAUAGUGUCUAUUGAUUGUCGUUGUGUUUUUUUUUUUUACAUUAUUAGUGUGUGUUUUGUCUGUUUUAGAUGAUCCUUCAUUUUUAAUCUGUUUUGUGAGAUUCUGAAAAACAAGGUUUUAUAUACAAAUUAA